AUGUUUAUACUAUCCGAAAUCAACGAUCUAAUACGGAUCCCUCCACACACAUUCAACAUUCCCAUCCAACACGCCAUUACCGACGAGCUCAACAAGAAAUACGCCAACAAAGUCGUACCUAAGCUUGGCGUCGUCGUCACCGUAUGGGACUUGCUCGACAUCAAAGACGGGCUACUAAAACCAGGAGACGGUGGGUCAUUUGUCGAAGUCCAGUUCCGAUGCAUCGUUUUUAAACCAUUUGUUGGUGAAGUGCUAACUGGAUGGGUGACAGAAUGUAAAGCCACUGGAAUCAAAGUACGAUUGGAGUUUUUUGAUGAUAUUUGGAUCCCGGCAGAUUACUUGUUUGAAGACUGUGAGUUCAGAGAGAGUGAGCUGGCUUGGGUAUGGAAUUCUGCCGAUACCGAAUUGUUUAUUGAUGUUGAUGAAAAAAUUCGAUUCAAGGUGGAAAAAGAGGUGUUUUACAAUGUGAAGCCAAAGAGUUCGAAUGAAGCUGCGGGGAUUGAGGAGCCCGUGAAUAAGUUGCCACCUUAUAGCAUAAUUGCAUCUUGUCAACUUUCAGGUCUUGGAUGCGUCUCAUGGUGGGACUAG